UUGUUAUGUAUUAAUUCAAAUAAUUCAUAAAAAUGAGCAAAGUGAUUGAAAAGAAACAUAAAAUGACUACACAGAAAUCUGCUGUGCAUAAAAAAUCCGCAAAGAAACGCAUGUCUAUGAAGACGUUGUAUGAUCCAAAAUUUACUGUGCCUUUACAUAAAAAACGAAGAAAUGAAUAUGAUCCGAAAGAAGAAGCCAGAUUAGAAAGAAUCGUGUUUGGAGAUCCAAGUGAUAUUAUAAACAAUUUAUUAAAUGACGAAGACGAAUUAGACGCAAACGAAAGUGUUAGUGUCAACAACCAUGAUAAUGAUUCUGACGUACUAAAUGUUGAAACUGUUGAUGCAACCAGUCAAAGGAAAAUAGCAUGGAUAGAUGAAGAAGAUGAACAAUAUUCAGCACGGACAGCUGCACAGCUACAAAAUCGAAGAUUACCAGCUAGAAUAUUAGAGAAAUCGUAUAAAGAUAUUUUGCAUACGAAACAUAGUCAUCUAGUAGGCACACCAAAGUGGGCUACAUUAAAAAAUUUAGAAGAAGAUAAGGAUGAUUUAGAUACCGAAAUAUUAAAGCAUAGCUGUCAUUUGGAAAAACCUAAAGUGAAAAAUUUACCUAAGAGUGUAAUUGAUAUAAAAGCUUUGAAUCUGAUCAAUAAAGAAACACAUUUCGAAGGACCAAUUAUAUCCAGUGUAGAAUUUCAUCCAUCUUCCACUGUAGCCUUGGUUGCUGGCACAUCUGGAACAUUGUCCCUCUUUCAAGUAGAUGGUAUAGAAAAUAAUAAACUGCAUUCAAUGCAAUAUAAGAAGUUUCCUAUUAAUGUAGCAAAAUUUUUAAGAGAUGGCACAGAAGUUUUAAUUGGUUCUAAAUACUAUCCAUAUUGCCAUUCCUAUAAUCUUAUGAGUGGAAAAACACGUAAAAUACCAUUACCACAUGGUGUUACUAAUAUGCCGAAUUGUGAAGUAUCGCCAGAUGGGAAGUUGUUAGCUUUUUGUGGUCGAUUGGGAGAAAUUUAUUUAUUAACAAGUUCAUCCAAAGAACUUAUUGGUACUUUGAAAAUGAAUGCAAGGUGCAGGGCAGUAUGUUUCACACCAGAUAGUAAAUCACUUAUUACACAUGGUGAUGGUUCUGAAAUGUACGUUUGGGAUGUAAAUAGUCGUUCAUGUAUACAUCGUGCUAUAGAUGAUGGAUGUUUGUCUUGUGCAUCUAUUGCAGUUUCUCCAAGUGGUCAGUUUUUGGCAACAGGUAGUAAGGAAGGUGUUGUUAAUUUGUAUGAUACAAAAACAGUGUUGCAAAGUAAGGAUCCUGUUCCUUUAAAAAUUUUUCUGAACCUUGUAACAUCAGUUACUAGUUUAAAGUUUAACUCUUACUCCGAGAUAUUAGCAAUGGCUUCUGAUAAAAAGAAUAAUGCAUUUAAAAUGGCGCAUUUACCGUCGUUCACUGUCUUUUCAAAUUUUCCCACACUUCAAACAAACCUAACAAUGCCAGAAGCCAUCAACUUUUCUCCAGGUAGUGGUUACUUAGGUAUUUCCAACAGAUCAGGUUCUGCUUUCUUGUAUAGAUUAAAACAUUAUGGAAAUUAUUAAACAUCGUGUACUUUGUGAAAUACAUAUAAAUAUUAAGAUUUUUUUAAUAAAAUAUUUAAUUAUUGAUGUUGGCAUUCUAUUUAGACAAAACAUUUUAUGAUCAAACAGAGGUGGAAUGGGAAUUGAUAUAUGUUAACAAUUAUUAUUUACUAAUACAUUAAGAUACAUAUACCUACCAGUGAAAAAUAAUGUUAGUUUAUUUAUCUCUUUGUUUUUAAAUAUACAUAGACAAACGAAUUUCUAUGAACUAUCUGAUGAAAUAUCUGUACCAUGUAAAAUUGAGUAAACAAUUUUUUUUAUAUAUUUUAUUUUAAAAAACGUGUUAAAAAUACUAGAUAAAUAAUACAUUUUCGUCUGUAUAUCACGUUCAUCAUUUACUUAUACUUUUCAGGAGUUCUCGUGUAUUUAUUUUAAUGUUUGUAUACCAUGUAUACAAAGCUACAAACUAAUAUACUUCUUGAUAUUUGAAAUGAGAAGAGAUUAUGAUACUCUUUUACUCAGAAAAUAUAGAAAUCAAUUGCGAUUACGUUUUUAUAGAAGUUAUUAUGAAAAAAGAAUUUAAUAAUCCUUCUCUUACAAGGAAACCUUACAGUUGGAAUGUCGAAAAGUUUACCACAAUAAUUAAUUGAGACAUUUUAUCAAAUAAAAAGGUUUAGACAAUAAAAAAGUACAGUUAAGA